UUUUGAUGCAUUACAAAUUGUGGUUUUUGGUUGGUGAUGGUUUGAUGUUUUCUCGAUUUAACGUUGUAUAAAUUAGGGACUUCAAUGAACUUUAGGCUGAGGUAAAUUUUAUCUGGAAUUGUGUGUUAACGCGCAUGAAAAUACGCACUGCAUUGCAGGUGUUGUAUCACAGUACUACAACAACAACAACAACAGCGACGACUGUCAACAUUUUUGAGAAACCUUACCCUGUGGAUUAGUUACGAAAGUAUGGCUGACGUCUCCUUAGAUGACUAUAUCCUACAGACUGGAUUAACACAACGGGCUAACAAAGGAUAUAACGGCCCAGUCAAAGGUAAAGUUGUGAUAUCAAACCCUGGUGUGAAGGGACGUCUUGGAGGAUUGACUACAAAAAAUAAACGUGUCAGCCCUAUUAAAUGGCAAAAUACUAAUAACAGAGCCACUGGAUUUGCGCAACAUAAACAAGAUAAACAAGGGCAGCAAUUUGGUCUGACAACAAAAAAGUUCGCUGGUGGACUUGUUACAAGAAAAUUUAGUGGUGCAAAUCAGAAUCCACAGGCUAAUGUGACUGUAACAGGUGUUGGCAGUUAUCAGAAGUUUGAUGCACGGCAAAAACUUUCAACCAAGAAACCUGUUGAUGCCAGGGCAAAGAUCCUUGAGAAAACCAAAUUUUCUGAUGCUCGUGUUCGUAUACAGAAUGCCAGAGCUACAAAGGAAACCAAAGGUCCAGGUCCUCGUGUACAGUUGAGAAGUCCCCCGUCCGCUGGCACUCAAGUAAGGGCACAAGCGGGAGGAAAUGGUGCGAUAGUGAGAACAGUGAAUAACAACCCAAACACAGGUGCUGUGCGAUUCGGAGGAAUCACCAGGACUAAUGGUGGAGGAUUACAGUUUAACAGUGGAGGGAGUCAGUUACACAGUGGAGGGAAUCAGUUACACAGUGGAGGGGUACAGAUACACCGUGGAGGUGAACUGAAGAUCACCAAACCUUCAAACUUUGAGAAGCCCUCUAUGCCCAGCUUCUCCAAGACCAUAUCCUCGAUGAAAGUCCCUUCUGGUUAUGAGGACUUGUUUGAAGAUGAGCCCAUGAGCCUUGGUUCUGAGUGUUCAUCCCUGAUAGAUGCGGACAGAGGACCAGUGAUUAAAGUGAAGAAUGAACACUAUUCGCAGUACUCCAAACCUACCCCUAUAACAUUUAAUACAGACGCUCGGCCCCAGAGAAGUGGUAAUGGCACCAGUAGAAUGGCCCCCGUUACCAUCGCUCGUUCUGAGCCUGUUACUGUCUCACGGUCCGCUCCCAUUAUGUAUUCCUCACAAAUAACCGACAAACAAAGCGAUCCUCCAAAUGUUAGGCUUUCCAUGGAUUAUGCUGACGAAGAAGAAUUCAUACUGAAUGCUCCAACACCAGUGCUGCCCAAAUCAAGGCCCCCUCCCCCUAAGCCUGCGACUCCUGUUAUGGUAGGAGGACCCCCAUUGGUCCUCAGCCGUUCCCGCCCCAAGACAGUUCAGAGUGAGACAGCGGUCAGCAGUGCACCAGUCGCUGCUCCCCUCAAACUCUCUCGGCCAAGUGGUCGCCUCUCCGCUCCAAGCUCCAGCAGCAGGGUUUUGCCCAAGGAAAAGAUAACACUCUCAGCAUCCUCUUCCAUAGAUGGCCUUAAAAGGGAUUUGACUGAGGAUGUUGGUCCUGGUGAUGUCCUCAGUCCACUCCAGGGGUUCCGUAUCCUCGUCACCAACCUCCAUCCGAUUGUCACGCAGGAUGAUGUCAUCGAGUUAUUUGGAGCCAUUGGUGCGCUGAAGAAGGCCAGAUUGGUCAAACAAGGAUCAGCAGAAGUUGUCUACGUCAACAAAGAGGCAGCAGUUGUAGCCGUGAAAAAAUAUCAUAAUAGAGAGUUGGAUGGCCAGCCCAUGCAGGUCAAACUCAUCACGCCAGUUACAGCCUCUGUUCCAACACCCAAAAUAUCGGCAGAGAUCAAAGCGCUCACCAAAUCUGUGAAGGACUCAGUGGGUAAACCAAGCGGUCCACCUGUGGACACAGGACUUAUACACAAAGCUCUGUUUAAAACAGGAGGGACGGUCACUGGCACAAAACCUGUGACGUUUACGGUCAAAAUAUGAACUGAUACAUACCUGUGGUGUCAAUCUUCAGUAGUAUUAUGGCAAGCUGGUUUCCAGGUGUGGAUACUCCAGCAGUGGGAACUUUUACAAUGUGCACUACCAGAUUAACUGUCUUACAGUGGUAUUGGUGUACAUUAUAUACCUGCCCGUAGUUAGUAUUACCUGUAUAGAGAAGACCAGGUGUAGAGACAACUUCCUUCUGUGUUAACAGAAGCCUUCAUUGACCAAAACUUUGCUAUCACCGAUAUCACCUUUUAAAUAAUAGUGUUGACAUAAAUGUGGAUAAAAGAAUUUGUGUUGAGGAAAGAUCGUGUUUUAAUACAAGUGGUCUCAUUAUCAUGGUUUGGCCAGAUGGCGUACACAGGAGAUGAUUUAGGGCAGUUUUAAUCAGACGUUUGGUAUUCUGUGUCUGGCAUUUCUUGAUAAUUGAUGCAUUGACUUUGGUUCCAAAUAUUAACAUUUUUCACCAUUGUAUAUAUAUAUAUAAAGGGUUUUUUUUUUUUAUUUUUUCUUUCAUUGAUGCAUGUCACAGUAUAAAGCUGAAAAAUAACAUAAAGUUUGGUGUGGUAAUUCAUUACUUUGUGAUGAAGUUAAGGCUGUUUUGGAUCAGCAAAUGAGAUUGAUGACUUGAUGUUGGUUAGUGAAUUGACCAUUGAAUGACAGGCAAAUUUCAUCGCUUUAAGAUUAUUCACAGAGCAUAUGUCAUUGUUUACAGUAGAGAUCCUUGAAGCUGAAAGCACCAGUGUUUUCAGUCGUGUUUUAUUUCUGUUCUGUUGUUUUUCAUCAUUUAAUCAUUGAUUCAUUAUAUCAAAGGAUAAACUAUAAAACUAAGCUGGAACUGUUUAACUUGUUACACAGUAAAUUGCAGCACAUUUAGAUUUCAUACAAGAAGAUCUUUUUUUUCUGUUUACUUGUAUACAUUAAAUAUGUGCCAUUUCCAUUGUUGUCAGUUCUGUUGUAAGCCUGAGGAAUCCUACAUGAUCUUAGCAUGUAAGUGUGACAACUGUUUGUCAGGUAAAUCAUGGAAAUACUCCUACUUGCUCAUAGACAUCUUGUUCUAUUGAAAUGUGAUGACAGUCAAGUAAUACUGGUAAUGAUAGCUUAGCUUCGUCAUACCAACCAACUGUAACGGGAAAUCGUGUCCUUGCUGAUGAAGUUGGGUUAGGUGGGGUUAAGUGGGGUGGCUUAUCUCUGAUGGAUAGUUUGUUUUAAUGUGCUCAAAAAAUGUAGGUUGAGUUUGGAAGGACAACGAUUAAAUGAAAUCACUUGACCAGUUUACCCCAGACCAACCCAUUCGAAAAUGGAAAGAAUUAAAUGUGAGCUUUUUAAACCAGUCUGACCAGUCAUUUCUUGGAAAAGAAAAAAACACCUUCAUACACCUUAUACAUUUGUAGGCUGAAGGCACACUGGGAUAAUGAGACUUAAUGUAAAUUGGAAUAUGCAGGCUGUAAGACAGCACUUGUUUACUGAUUUAUUAAGUUGAAAAAUUGCAAGGACCUCGCAGAGUAGUACAUUUCCAGUAAUACCAGCAUUCCUGUAGAACGCCUCAUCAAGUAUUUCCCCUAUGUAUAUGCUGUUAUCUUUCUCUGAUGUGUUCUGUAUCACAUCAGUUUGCACAGCACUCUAUGGCUGUUAAUGCUUUUUGUACAUGCACCUUUGUCGGUAGAAUAGAUUUUGUUAGAUAAUCUUCCUGAUGUUGAAAGCCGCUUUCUCUUCACGUCCAUUGACAACACUGAAAGGUAUCUAGUUGAAUGUAUCCACUGUGUACUGUCUCAUAAAUGUGUUUAAUGUGUCUUUGUCAGUCUGCAGAUGAAUAGUAAGUCUGAGGUUGAUAAGCUUCCUUUUAGUUUCGAUUAAGUUUUAUGAUGACACUUGUGCAAAGUUCUAAAGGUCACCUUGGCUGUUGCAGAAGUGUGAAGUACCCUAUCAUUGCCUGCAGUCAGUUGGGUUUCUGCUGUUCUUCUCCUUGGUGUUCAUCAGUGCUGUCAUCCAAGAAUACAUCUCAAAUCAGGAAAAUAUGUUGUUAGGAUCAUUCAUGUUUUUCCACUUGUCGAGGGUGUUAAGGAAGAAAUGCCUGAUUCUAUUUAAAGGUCUAGACAUCCCAUGUGAUCCUGAGCAAGGCAUGUUUUUUUCAGUUUGGUUUCAAAGCGUCGAAGGUCAAGUCGGACUCAAAUCUAAAUUUCUCCUUUAUUGCAGGAAAUGAAUUUGGUGGGCUUUUGUUCAUGCUAAAAGUAAUACUGGGCUUAGCUGCUUUUACACUUUUGAAAAACUAGGUUGGGGUGUCUUGCAGUUAAGAGGAAACAUUGGUGUCCGUAAUCAACAUCCAACAACUGCCCCAAACGCACAAACCUGGACUGUCAUCUGUUAUGUAGAAAACUGUCCGGAUAUCAAACACCCAUCUGGAGAAGUUAAUACAGAGUACACCUUAAUGUUUGUUUAUAUUUUAAUUUGUUGUCUGCAGUACCUUUAAACACACGACUCUAUCAUGAUUCUUUGUGGAGUUUCACACAUUGUUCGUACAUUAAGACCAGUGCUAAUCUAAGACCUUUUUUUUUUUGUACAUACCUUACACUUUUCUUUUUAUUUCAGAUCAUGUAAGCUCAUUAAACACAGGUAAAGGUCUCUAAACCUACAGAAAGAACAGAGAAACGCUAAGAGAAUGGAAACUAAUCAUGAAGCUUGACUUGUUCUUUAAUUUGAAUAA